AUGGGAGUGCGAACGGUCAUCAGGCGCUCAGAGGUCUGUCGUCCGGUCAGCCGCCAGAUCAGCGAAAUUGGUGUGAUCCGUUCACCAAUCACAACAGUCACAUUUGCCUGGGAGGUCACGCGUCGGCAGGGGCCUAACAGAAUGCUUUUGACCGUUAGAGCAAAUCAACCAAAGAGAAUCGAGCAUCCAAGUAUAAAUAUACAGCGUCGGCGGGCUUCCAGUAGAAAUUCAGUCACUAUGAACAUCCACCUCUCUCUCCUUCUCCUUACGGCGGUUGUGUUGGGCGCCUGGAUGCAGGUCAGUAAUGCGGACACCACCACUAAAACUCUGUCUGUUGACAAGACGGAGGGACCGCUACACGCCGCCGGAAUGCAAUACGGCUACCAGAAACCGGAGUAUCGGCCACCCAUGUACAAGCCUGUGUACCGUAAACGACCUCAAUAUGGAUACUAG